AAUUCCGAUCUGCCUUGGCCCGCGGACCAAAAUUCAAAAGCGGUCGCUAAACCCGCUCGCCACAUUGCGCUAUAUCUUGUCUCCUCCAAGGCCACCGUGCCGCAUCAAUGGCAUCUCGUUCUGAAACCUUCGCAACAUCGGACAAUGACGACGACAACGAUUUCCAGAUCCCUCCCGCCCAAACAACGACUAAAAGCACCCAUCCCGGCAGAUCUCUCAUAAGCUCUCGAAGACCUCUCAAGUCCUCCAAUUCCAACUUCUACUCAUCCAAGAAGCUGAAGCGCUCCGGCAAAGAGAACGUACCGGAAUCCACCUCCUCGGCCCACAUUAAGGAAUCACAAUCCGAUACGCCAUCGUUGCAGAAUCCCACGCUUCCUGUCCUUGAUGCUCAUCAAAAUAUCAAGGUAGACAAUGAUUCAAGUACUUUGGAUUGUGAUGCUAAAAGGGAAUUGUUGAAAACAAGAGAGGGUUAUUUAUGCAAUUCAGUGGAGUCUAGGUUAAUGAAGUCGAGAGUGGAUUUCGCUGUCAAUGAUGAUUUUGAGGUGGGUCCGGAGCUCGAUGUGCUGCUCAAGUUGUUUUCUGAUGCAGAGGAGGGGGAUGGAAAUGUUGUUAAUGGCGAAGCUUUUCAUCCACAGGAAAGAAAUGGCUUAGAUGGUGAUAGAGUUUUUGUUCAAAUUCGAUGUCCGCUAUGUGGAAUUGACAUCUCUGGCAUGAGUAAUGUACAACGUCAGCUACACUCCAAUGAGUGUCUUGACAAAGGGGAAGCUCAAGCUCAAGAUAUUACUGUUCCUGCUGAUGAAAGCGAGCCUCAAAUUCAUCGUCCAGUUGUUGACAUCUCUCCUGUUCUUGAGUGGAUUCGCAGUUUAGGUUUAGAAAGGUAUGGAGAUAUUUUUGCCCGAGAAGAGAUUGAUUGGGACACCUUACAAUGGCUGACAGAAGAGGAUCUGUUCGGUAUUGGUAUCACUGCACUGGGUCCAAGGAAGAAGAUUGUGCAUGCUCUUAGUGAACAUAGAAAAGGAAGUGCUAAUGUUGUUGAAACUCAUUCUGAUAUGCAUGCCCACUCUGAGGCUCAAAGACAGAGCACCAAUGGAGUUCAAAUUUACAAUGAUGCUUCGGAUAUAACAGUGGACGAAACUAAAAAGAUAGCUGUAAAUAAGUUGAUUACAGAUUAUUUUCCAGGGUCUGUGACUGAUGGGAAGAAAGUCAACACCUCUGUGGGGAAGAGAGGGGUAGGAAAAAGAUGCUCUGAUUCUGGCCUUAAACGUGCUGUGGCGAAAAAUAUUUUCAGAAAUGGCAAACUCAAGGAUGUUCCCUCGUGGUGCUGCAUAGCAGGAACACCAUUUCGAGUGGAUGCUUUUCGAUAUCUUAGAGGAGACUGUUCCCAUUGGUUUCUCACUCAUUUUCAUAUGGACCAUUAUCAAGGUCUAACCAGAUCCUUCUGUCAUGGAAAGAUUUAUUGCUCCUCGAUCACAGCUAUGCUUGUGAAUAUGAAGAUUGGGAUCCCAUGGGACAGAUUGCAAAUUUUACAGCUCAACCAAAAAAUCAAUAUUGCUGGUAUUGAUGUGACCUGCUUGGAUGCAAACCACUGUCCUGGUUCCAUAAUGAUGCUUUUUGAACCACCCAAUGGUAAGGCAAUUCUACAUACAGGGGAUUUUCGCUUUAGUCAGGAAAUGACUAGCAUGCCUGUGUUGCAAUCACUUCCUAUCCAUACUCUUAUCCUAGACACCACUUACUGUAACCCCCAGUAUGACUUUCCAAAGCAAGAGGCUGUAAUUCAGUUCGUCAUUGAUUGCAUUCAAGCUGAAGCUUUCAACCCUAAAACGCUUUUUCUGAUCGGUAGCUACACAAUUGGAAAGGAGCGGCUGUUCUUGGAGGUUGCUCAUGUGCUCCGUAAAAAGGUUUACGUCACCGCAGCAAAACUGCGUAUUUUAAGAUGUUUGGGAUUCUCAGAGGAGGACAUGCAGUGGUUUACAGUGAAUGAACAAGAAAGCCACAUUCAUGUUGUGCCAAUGUGGACACUUGCGAGUUUCAAACGUCUAAAGCACAUAUCUGAUCAAUAUGUGGGUCGAUUCAGUCUCAUAGUUGCUUUCUCUCCUACUGGGUGGACAUUUGGUAAGGGAAAGAAGAAGUCUCCGGGGAGAAGGUGGCAGCAGGGUACGGUUAUAAGGUAUGAAGUGCCGUACAGUGAGCAUUGCAGCUUUACAGAACUCAGAGAUUUUGUUAAGCUUGUAUCUCCGAUGAAUGUAAUACCAAGCGUAAAUAAUGAUGGGCCUGAUUCUGCCAAUGCAAUGAUCUCUCUCCUGUCAUCUUGAUGAGAUUGUAACAUAUGCUAUGUAAUAAACUAGAGGGGAAGGGAAAUUAUUCCAGUAGUCCCUUCUACACAAUUUCAACGAAGGAUGAAUACAAUAGAAGAGAUACAAAAAAACAUUGCGUGAAGUGAAGCACUAACAUUUAAUUUACAGGUAGCCUCUAUUUUUGCGUGAAAGCUUCAUUCUCGCUCCUAUGAGAAAUUUUAUGAAAACCUUUCA